UAUGUUCCACAAUAUAGUGCUAUGCUACUAGCUUCAAAGUCAAAGUCAACCCCAACUUCUUCUACUGUUGAAGUUUGAUGUUAGAUUUCUAUUAUUGGACCAAAUGGGUUAUUGAUAAUCAGAAAAAAAUCAUUGUUUGAUAAAAAAAGCAACAAUUUUGCAAGAUGGCAAAAUCAAUAGUAGACUUCACAGUACAAAAAAUCAGUGAUUUACUCAUUGAAGAAGCUGUGUUCUUAUAUGGAGUAAGAGACAAAGUUCAUCAGCUAAGAACCGAGUUAAGGAUGAUGGAGUCUUACCUACAAGAUGCAGACAGAAAACAAGAAGAAGAUGAAACUGUCAAGAACUGGAUUUCAGAAAUAAGAGAAGUUGCUUAUGAUUCUGAUGAUGUCAUUGAAGCUUAUGCACUCAAAGGAGCUUCAAGAAGAAACAGCAUGACAGGUACCUUAAACAGAAUCAAAAGUUUCAUUUCAGCCAUCAGCAGGUUAAUAGAGAUUCAUCAAGUAGGUUCACAUGUUGAUGAUAUCAUUUCUAGGAUAACUAGUCUCACAAAAAGCUUAGAAACUUUUGGCAUAAGAAGAGAUAGAGGAGAAGCUUCAAGUUCAAUACAUGGGAGACAAAGAGCUUUGAGAAGAUCUUAUUCUCAUGUUAUUGAAGAGGAUAUAAUUGGUGUGGAUUAUGAUGUUAAGAUUUUGGAGUCAUGUUUGGUGAGUAACAACAAUAAGGGAUACAAAAUUGUUGCUAUUUGGGGUAUGGGAGGUUUAGGGAAAACAACAUUGGCUAAGAAGGUUUAUCAUAGUACUAAAGUUAAGCAAAAUUUUGAGAGCCUAGCUUGGGCUUAUAUAUCACAACAUUGUCAAGCAAGGGAUGUUUGGGAAGGGAUUUUGUUGAAGCUUUUAUCACCUUCUAAAGAGUUAAGAGAGGAGCUUGCGAAUUUGAGAGACGACGAGGUUGCGAAAAAGCUUUAUCAAGUUCAAGUGGAGAAGAAGUGUUUGGUGGUUCUUGAUGAUAUUUGGAAUGCUGAUAGUUGGAAUAAUUUGAGUCCUGGUUUUCCAACUGGGAGAUUGUUGUCUGUUGGUAGUAGAAUAUUGCUUACUACUAGGAAUACUGAUGUUGCUUUGCAUAUGGAUCCUACUUGUUAUCUUCAUAAACCAAAGUGUUUGGAUGAAGAUGAUAGUUGGGAGCUUUUUCAGAAAAAGGCCUUUCCAAAAUAUGAUGAUCCAGAUUCUAGCAUUACCACAGAGAUGGAGAAAUUGGGAAGAGAAAUGGUUGGAAGAUGUGGAGGUUUACCUCUAGCCAUAAUUGUCCUUGGAGGACUAUUAGCAUCAAAGCCAUCAUUUUAUGAAUGGGACACAGUGAGACAGAACAUCAACACAUAUCUUAGAAAAGCAAAAGGCAAAGAACAACUCUUAGGAGUAUCUGAAGUACUAGCUUUGAGCUAUUAUGAAUUACCUUACCAAUUGAAGCCAUGUUUCCUACACUUAGCACAUUUCCCUGAAAACUUAGAGAUACAAACAAAGAAACUUAUAAGAAUAUGGGUGGCAGAAGGUAUCAUAUCAUCGGUUCAAAACGCCGGAGACAACGAGGAAGCUCUCGAGGACGUGGCGCAACGCUACUUGACCGAACUCGUCGAAAGGUGUAUGAUUCAGGUCGUUGAAAAGAGUUCAACAGGAAGAAUUAGAACAGUUCAGAUGCAUAACCUAAUGAGGGACUUAUGUGUGUCUAAGGCAUAUGAAGAAAACUUUCUCGACAUGAUUGGUUCGCGAAAUGUAGAUCAAACUAGUACCUUGAAAGACAUGAUUGGUUCGCGAAAUGUAGAUCAAACUAGUACCUUGAAAGCGAGACCGACUGGUAAAGUUCGAAGGGUCGCGCUAUAUCUUGAUCAAGAUAUUGAUAGGUUUUUGCCUAGAAACUUAAAAAGCCAUCACCAUCUUAGGUCUAUACUUUGCUACCAUGAAAAAACAGCUAGGUUAAGCGAAUGGAGUUCGAUGAAAUCGGUUUUCAAAAAAUGCAGGUUACUUCGAGUUUUGAAUUUGGAAGGAAUACAAUGUCAAAUGGGAAAAUUACCUAAAGAAAUUGGCUUCUUGAUCCAUUUAAGGUUUCUAAGUCUAAGAAACACGAAAAUCGACGAGUUGCCAAAUUCAAUAGGGAAUUUAAAGUGCUUGCAAACCCUAGAUCUCCUCACAGGAAACUCAACAGUUCAAAUACCAAAUGUCAUAGGAAAAAUGGAAAAGUUGAGGCAUUUAUUUCUACCGGAAUCAUGCGGCAACGACGUCGAAAAAUGGUGCAUAUCCAAUCUGAAAAGCUUGCAAACCCUAGUAAACUUCCCUGCAGAAAAAUGUGAUGUAAAAGAUCUCAUGAAACUAUCCGAUUUACGAAAAUUGGUCAUAGAUGAUCCAAAUUUCGGAGAAGUCUUCGAAAGUACAAAUACUAAUGUAACAUUCAAUCAUCUUGAGUCAUUGUUUUAUGUUAGUUCUGAGGAGAUUUCAAUCCUAGAAGUUUCUGCAGGGUGUCCUAAUCUUUACAAGCUUCACAUUGAAGGACCUAUAAGCAAUUUUCCAUCACCAAACCAAAUUUCAUCAAAACUUGCUAAGCUUAAACUACAAGGUUCAGGACUAGUUGUUGACCCAAUGACAACAUUGGAGAAGCUACCAAAUUUAAGGUUGCUUGAGUUGCAACUUGACUCAUUUUUAGGGAAGAACAUGGUUUGUUCUAGCAAAGGUUUUCCUCAGUUAAGGUCACUUGUUUUGAGUGAUUUGCCUAAUCUUGAAGAGUGGAAGAUGGAGAAAGGGGCUAUGUGUUGUCUUGGGAAGCUUGAGAUUUCGAAUUGUACUAAGCUUGAGGUUGUUCCUGAUGGGAUUAGGUUUGUGAGUAGUUUGAAGGAUUUGGAGAUUAGAUCAAUGUUUGCAGUGUUCAGAAUGAAACUUGAGAAAGGAGGUGAUGAACAUUACAAAGUUCAACAUGUUCCAUCUUUGGUGUUUCGUUAUUGUGACUAUUAGAAUUGUUUGUAUCUGAAAUGCAUUGUAAAUGGUUUCUUUUUUUUUAGUCUUGUAAUUUUGUUAGAUAUUUUUAUGACUUCAAUAAAUUCAGAAAUAAUCUCUGUCAUGUAACAAAGAUGAGAGGUGAUGUUUUUGUUUUAAUAUGAAGUUCAUGUAGCAAAGAUUUGAGCCGAAGAAGUUCUGAAGUCACAUAUGUCGCACACCUGUAUUAAACUUCUGUGCUGGAUCAAAAGUCUACUUAUCGUUUCUUGGAUCACCAAGACAGUAGAUUGUUUCAUAAGUAGGCACAAUAGUCGGUUGUGGAUCUCCUAUCAUCAAUGUUAGAAUGAUUAGUGGAAGACAUUUUUGUGUUUGAUACCAUAGGUGUAGGGAUUGAAUUAACAUCGGUUAUGUUGGUUUUUGAAGUUGCAUCUGCUUCUUAGGGUUUAUGUUUUGUUAUUUGUCAUUUAGUUUUUGAUUUUAUUUUUAUCGUUA